AUGUUAUGUUCAUCUUAUGAUGCAUUGGUUCCUUUGUGUGUCCACGUCUACCGUUACGCCUUCGUUGUCUUCGUUUCAGAAGGUCCAUUCGUUCGUUUCUCCCCACUUGGCCAUUUAGCUCUCUCAGUUCGUUGUGGAUUCAUAACUGUUACAUAUGCAAUUCUUCAUGCUCAUUUCAUUUAUAGAUAUCUCGCUCUACAUAAGAGCAAUCUCAUUCAAGAAUGGUUUAUGCCAUUUGGUUUGGUGGGGACAUUUGUCUACUGUAUCUCUCAUGUGAUGCUGUGGGCUUGGGUUUGUGAACGCUUUUUCUAUGGAGAUUUUGAAAGGACAAGUUAUAUUCAUGACUCAUUUCAAGACCUAUAUCAUGAAAAUUCACAUGAUACGAAUAUGGUGAUAGCGUUAUAUCGGGAAGGCAGUGAUAAUGUAGUUAUUGGAUCAUGGAUUGGAGUGACUAUUGUCACUGCAAGUACCAUUUAUUCAAUGGGUUUAUAUUUUGUAUUGGGGCAUAAGAUAAUGAAAAAGCUGAAAGUGCACGUGAAUCUGAGUGAGAAAACUCUCAGACUCCAGAGACAAUUAUUCAAUGCACUCACCGUACAGACUAUCAUCCCGAUAUGUGUCAGUCUAAUACCUUGCCUUUCCGUAUGGUUUGGUCCCAUCUUCCUCCUCGAUUUCCGUUGGAUUUACCUAUCAUCCGUCAUCGCUGUCUCUAUAUUUCCUUGCAUUGAUCCAAUUGCUAUCAUAUAUUUCUUACCAAGCUUACGGAGAAGAGUUCAAAUUCGUUACAGUAUACCAUCUACGACACAGAGAGGUUCUUGA